UGGCCAAAAUUCUAUAUUCAACUCAACUCAACAAUCUCCAAAUUCCUUUGCAGCCCUGGAUCCCCUGUGGGCGGCCGGGUCGCAGAGGUCACAGAAACUACCGUCACCGUUGCAUGGACCCCCACGGAUGCAAAUUGUAUCAGUUUGUUCCAGGUGUGCCUAAAACCCGUCGGGUUCUUCGACCCCGUUCGAUGCAACAUGACGGAGAAGACGUCGUUCAAAUUUGAGAAUGUAGAGGCCUGUGCCAAAUACGAGGUCCAGAUUACCCCUAUUGACUUGGAGGGGACCCUUGGUAAAAAGUCGUUGACCGUCGAUAUCCACACUAAGGAAGGAUUGCCAGGGAAGCCGGUCAACCUUCAGGUGAAGAUGGAAACCUACGAUUCGGCAACCCUUACUUGGUGGGACCCGAUGGAUCACGCCCUGUGUGUAGAAACAUACGUCGUGACUACCGAGAUCGUCAGCGGCGUCAGUUCUCAGGAAGUAUCGCACAGGACCUACAGAUCAGGAGCAAACGCAGGUAUCACCCCACAGCAGCAUUUCUUCCAGGAAAAGCCUCUGAAAGGGUGUACCAACUACACCUUCAAGGUGUACCCCAGGGGUUUCUCUGGCACCAUGGGUCCCUAUGCCAGAGAGGACAGAGAGACGCUGGAGACAGAUCCCAUACCUGUAGAGUUCGUGAACUUGGCUGGGGUCACAACCACUACAAUGGACGCAGACUGGAGUUCCGUCGACACUUGCCUUGACCACUACAAAGUUUGCCACUACAAUGACUACGAUGCGAUCGAGGUCUGCGAAAACUCGAUAGAUACACAGACGACGCUCUCUGACCUUCUCGAAUGCUUAGUCUACCACGUCUCCGUCAGCACAGUGACGCCAUCUGGUGUCAUCAGCGACAAGAAAAUGGCAGUGGCAAAGACGGACGACGUUGCACCGGGCGCACCGAAGAACCUAACAAUAGGACAAAUAACACCCCAUUCUAUAUCAAUUCUGUACGACGACCCAGCAGAGAAUCCACAGUGCGCCGCACAUAUCGGUCUAGAUAUCGCAAAAGCCAGUGGGGAAGAUAAGCAAUUACUCUCCUCGACAUCUCUAGUGAAGGGCCACAUCAAAGAGCACACUUUCAACAAACUGGACGCCUGCACAAAAUACGUCAUAAAAAUCAUGGCCUCGUCUCCUGAAGGAUUAGCUAGUGAGUGGGACAGCAUCGAGGCUUCGACUGAUGUGGAAGUCAGCGGUCCCGCUCAGAACUUGAGGGUUGACGGGAAGACCACAACUUCCAUCAACUUGAAGUGGUUCGAACCGGAAGCUAAUGGGCGCUGUGUCAUCAAAUAUUCCCUUUCCUGGGAGGGUGGUUCGAUAGAGAUUGAGUCACCGACUCCAGGAGGUUCUUUGCCCCAUGAACUGGAACAGCUGGUAGAUGGUUUAAAUUCUUGCACAGAAUACACUUUCGAACUGACCCCUUCAAUAGUUCACGAUAUUGAGGGCCCUACUGUUACUUUAACUGAUAAAACAGUCUGUUGAGGUGUAAUGUGUGAUAAAUUUUCAUAAUUUUUAUUUUUUGCUUAUCCUUGAGGUUAAUUUUUUGGGGUAGAAAAAGUGGUAUAGUAAGCGUGUAGUUUUAUGUUGUGAAAGGAAAAUAAAAUUCUUAACUGAA